AGGAAGGUACUGUAAGGUCUUCCUGGAACCUUCUCUUCUUCAGGCUGAACAACCCCAGCUCUCCCAGCCUAUCUUCACGGAAGAGGUGCUCCUGGUCUCUGGUUGUUUUUGUAGCCCCUCAGGACUCGCUCCAACAGGUGCACGCCCUAACAUGAAGCUGAACUACCGUGUUUGAUUUCUUCAGCCGAGUUUUGUCUCGGACGCUGACUUUUCCUCACUUGUCUUGCAACCCGUGAGUGCAGUAGGUGAGCAAGAUGCCUUCGCCAGAGGACCGAUCCCCGCUGGGCGUCCCGCCUCUCCUCCGGGCGCGGCUGGAAGGGUUCUCGGGGCGGGGCGGGGCGGGGCCGGGGUCUCUCCCGCUGCGGCAGGAGCUCCGGCCGAGGCAGAGGGUCCCGCCGCUCCUCGCCAUCCUCUCCAUCCUUGCCAUGCUGCCGGCGCUCCUCCGCCCGGGGCGGCUGCUGUCCGCCGCGCCGCUCCGCCCGCCCGCUCCGCGGGGAGCCGCGGCCGCCGGGGAUCCCGCCCGGAGCCCGGGCACCACCCGCGCUGAGCAGGCUCACAGGGUGGUUGCAAGUUACAAACCUUCGAAGUUUGACAAAAAAAUCCUUUUGUGGACUGGACGUUUCAAGACAGAAGAAGAGAUUCCUCUGAGGAUCCCGCCAGAGAUGCUAGACAAGGCAAGAAACAAAGCUCGAGUGAAAGCCUGUUACAUCAUGAUUGGGCUCUCAAUUAUUGCCUGUUUUGCAGUGAUUGCUUCAGCUAAGAAGGCUGCUGCACGUCAUGAGUCCUUAACGAGCUUAAACUUGGCAAAGAAGGCCAAGUGGCGGAAGGAGGCUGCGCUGGCUGCAGAAGCAAAGACAAAAUAACUUCAUCUGAAAUGCUGAAUGUCCUCAGAAGAGCAAAAUUAGCUGCUGCUGAGAACAAUUAGUGAAUUUCACCCCUAAAUAGACAACGAUAGUAAGAAAAC